AUGAGGAGUUUAGUUGGUGCAGAGGAGAGUCUUAGGACGUUUCGGUUAUUAGAAGGUGUGGAGAAGCCGUUUCGUUCGGGAGAUAUAGAAGCGGUUGAUAAAUGUUUUGAUAAUUAUGAAAAAGAAAUAUCGGAGGAAUGUACAAGGACACCAUCUAGUUCUAUUAGGGCAUUUGAUCUUUUUAGUCCUCUUAUUCUUGCGGUUCAAUGUGCAUCAGUAUCAAUUGUUGAACAUAUUUUACAUAAAAAUAUUUUUGAUGUGAAUCAUAAAGAUGAUUAUGGAAAUACAGCACUUCAUCUUGCAGUUUAUAUGUGUCGUUUCGAUGUAAUUAAAAUGCUUUUGCUUAACGCUAAUAUUAAUGAUACAAUCCUCAAUAAUAAUAGAAAACAGGCAUAUGAGUUAUCUACGACUCCUGAGAUAUAUAAUUAUAUGAUUGCUGAAAGAGCACGUUUUAUUGAAAAAACAGAGGAGAAAUUUUCCCAGUUAAUAUUUUUAAAAAAAUUUGAAGAACUUAAAAAGAUGUUAGAAAUACCUCGUGUUUCUGCUUUACUUGAUUUGAAUAAAAUUGAUAAGAAUGGUUCUACAUUUUUGCAUGAGGCAGUUAAAGGAAAUGAUAUGGAAACUUUGCAAAUUCUUAUUGAUCAUGGAGCGGAUCCUUCAAAAAAAGAUAAAAAUGGAAGAACACCUAGCGAUAUUGCGAAAGAUGACUUAAUUAAACGGAAAUUAUUAGUUUCUUCAUCUGAUAGUAUUGUUGUUACAUUUCCUGGUGAUCCUAUAUUUAUGUCAGGUUAUAUGGAUAAAUGGACAAAUUAUAAAUCGGGUUACAAGAAACGAUGGUUUGUCUUGAGAAACGAUGAUGCUGAUACUGAAUGCAGAGGUUCGAUAAAUAUGCGAACAGCUAGAAUUAAUUAUGGUUCUGGAGAUAAAAGAGCUUUCGAAAUUUUAUGUUGUGAUUCUGUUAAAUAUAGUGUAAAAGUAACGAAUCCAUCUGAGGCUCGAAAAUGGGUUUGGGCACUUACUAAUUCUAUUCAAUGGGCAAAAGAUGAGAAUGUAACUAUUAUUGAUGAUAUUUCUAAAUUUUCGCCUAAAGAACGGGGAAAAGCGCCUUUAAAAGAAUCCGGGCUUUAUCGUCCUCAAUAUUUACCUUGUAAUGAUUUGGAUGAUGAUGAAUCAUCCGAAACUUGUGAUCCUGGAGAAUCUUGUAAAGACAAUUUUUUGAUAACUAUGAAUUCCUUUAGAAUUCAAUUGGAUAUUCUUUCUCAGAUAUUUGAUGAUAUUUUGACCAGUCUCAAUUUUAUUCCGGAAAAAGCUUUGAGCUUAAAAAUGGAAAGUUCUGUAGAAUCGUUUAAUCAAUCUAUUGAUUCUUUGCGUGGAUCAUUAAGGAAUUUGGAUCAGAUAUUUUUAGAUGCUGAGAAAUAUUGGAAGAGAAUGAUAAAUAAGGAGAAACGUAUGAGAAUAUUAUGGGAGGAAAAUAUGCAUAAACUUGCUAGUGAACAGGAAGAAAUAGAAAGAAAUCUUCAAAAUGUUGAAAAUGAAAGAAGACGUGCUAAAAAGGCUUUACGUGAAGCAAAACGUAAAUUAAAUUUUACUCCUAAAAUCAUAAGAUCUAGCUCCGAUGGAGUUAGGAGUGAAAAUGACUUAGAAACACAUGAUUCUUUCUUGGAUCUAAGAAGUAGUCAAUCAUUUCAGAAUAGCGAUAUAGAAAAUAAUUAUUUGGACGAUAAUGAUAGUUCUUCAAGUCCAGAUGAAUUUUUUGAUAUUACUAAUUCUAUAGAAACUAAAAUAGAUAAAAUCCUGACAUUAGAUUCCAGUAGUGAAAAAAUAUCUCAAAAAAAGAGCCUUAAGGAAAUGCAAAUUGAGCUUUCAUAUCAUGGCUAUGAAGAUCCACUUCGUUUGAAAUUAGAUUUAAUAGAUGAUAGACCAAAGCUUAGUUUAUGGGGAAUGUGUAUUUUGAAAAGUAUGAUUGGGAAGGAUAUUACUAAAAUAACCCUGCCUGUUAGUUUUAAUGAAGCGACUAGCCUGCUUCAAAGGGUUGCAGAAGAUAUGGAAUAUAUAGAUUUAGUAGAUAUUUCUCUGACAUUGCCUGAAUCAUAUGAUAGGAUGUUAUAUGUAGCUGCUUUUGCUAUUAGUGAAUAUUCUAGUACUAUUAAUCGAGUAGCUAAGCCUUUUAAUCCAUUACUCGGUGAAACAUUUGAGUAUUGUAGACCAGACAAAGGCUAUCGUUUUAUAGUUGAGCAAGUUAGUCAUCAUCCUCCAAUUAGUGCUGCUCAUGCUGAAUCUCUUAAUUGGGAAUAUUGGGGAGAAUCUCGUGUUAGCUCAAAGUUCUAUGGUAGAAGUUUUGAUAUUAAUCCUUUAGGAACUUGGUUUUUAAGAUUACAUAAUGAUUCUGGUUUAGACGAAUUAUAUACAUGGAAAAAAGUUACAACUUCUGUCAUUGGAAUUAUCACUGGUUGUCCAACCGUUGAUAAUUUUGGUGAAAUGUUGAUAAAAAAUCAUUCUGUUGGAGAUGUAUGUACUAUCGAUUUCAAAAAGAGAGGAUGGAGAGGAGAUGGCGCUUGUGAGAUAAAAGGAAUCAUAACUGACAGCAAGGGAAUAUCAAGAUGGAGCAUUGGAGGUCAUUGGAAUGAUAAAAUAUAUGCUAAAAGAAUGAAUGGUAUUUCUGUAACUAGCGAUACUGCUAUACUCUUAUGGCAAAAUCAUGAAAGACCUCCUGCUCCUUUCAAUCUUACUCCUUUUGCUAUCACAUUAAAUGCAUUACCGGAAAAAUUGAAGCCAUGGUUACCUCCUACUGAUACUCGUUUAAGACCUGAUCAAAGAGCUAUGGAAAACGGUGACUAUGAAUUUGCUGCAAAAGAAAAAGAAAGACUUGAAAAUAAACAAAGAGCUGCAAGAAAAGAACGGGAACUAAAAGGUCAAACUUAUGUCCCAAGAUGGUUUGAAAAAUCAAUUAAUAAAAUUACCGGCGAUGAACAAUGGUUAUUCAAUGGCGAGUAUUGGAAACUUAGAGAGAUUUUGGGCUCAAAUAAUGAAAAAUCUAACGCAGAUUCUUGGGGUGUCACCGAUAUCUUUUAA